UCCCUGAGGAGCCCUGAGACGGGCCGCGAGGGUGGGAUGUCCAGCAACAACAUGGCGGACCCGCGGCGGCCCAACCGCGUCCUAAGAUACAAGCCUCCAUCCACAGAGAACAACCCAACCCUGGAAGACCCUACACCUGACUACAUGAAUCUUUUGGGAAUGAUUUUUAGUAUGUGUGGCUUGAUGUUGAAGUUAAAGUGGUGUGCCUGGAUUGCUGUCUACUGUUCAUUCAUCAGCUUUGCCAACUCUAGAAGCUCAGAAGAUACUAAACAGAUGAUGAGCAGCUUCAUGUUGUCUAUCUCUGCUGUAGUGAUGUCCUAUCUUCAGAACCCCCAGCCCAUGUCUCCUCCUUGGUGAAGCGCUAACCGUUCUUUUUCAGACUUCUUCUUGCAAAGGAGAACUGCCCUCCCUGUUGACAGAGGACCAUUUUCUCAGGCAAUGCAGAUCCACUCUCACAAACUGUGGUGUUGCAAAAGUAUUGGAAGAACUCAUUUUGACAUGUCAAUAAAAUUAUUGUUGGGAAAGA